UCUCUGCUCUGCUUCUUCCACUGACAGAGGUCCUGAGCUUCCUCCCCUUUUUUAAAUUCUGGGUCUGUGGGUGGGUGCCUCUGGCUAUUUUAUUCUCUGCCUCCUGAACAAAGGCACACAUUAGAUUUGUGGGAUCUGCAACCGUGUUUUCAGGUCAUGGGUCUGUUCUCUCAAGCCUGCUACAUCAUGCCCUUUUAUUAUAGACUAUAGAAGGGUCACAUAUUCUAAUGUAAAUUUUGUUCCUUCUUUUAAACUGACCCAAAGCUCCCAGCUUUACUUCAAAUGUGAUCAUACAAGAAAAGGGUAUGUGCAGUUUUGAUUAGUAGAGAUUAGUCUAGUGUAGUGAGUUGAGCUGAGUUUGGGGAGGAAGAAUGGGAGCAGCUGGGGGUUUGGAUUUAGAUGCCAAGUGGCUUAUUGAUCCGAAACAUCUUUUUGUUGGUCCCAGAAUUGGGGAGGGUGCUCAUGCCAAAGUCUAUGAGGGAAAAUAUAAGAAUCAAAAUGUUGCUGUGAAAAUUGUCAAUAGAGGAGAGACCCCAGAAGAGAUUGCCAAGAGAGAAGCACGGUUUGCAAGGGAGGUGGCUAUGUUGUCCAGAGUGCAGCAUAAAAAUUUAGUGAAGUUCAUUGGUGCCUGCAAAGAACCUGUCAUGGUCAUAGUGACCGAGCUUCUUCUGGGUGGGACUCUGCGCAAAUACCUGUUCAGUAUGCGUCCGAGGUGCUUGGACAUGCCCGUGGCAGUUGGGUUUGCACUUGAUAUUGCUCGUGCUAUGGAAUGCUUACACUCCCAUGGAAUCAUUCACCGGGACCUGAAACCUGAGAAUUUGAUUUUGACUGCAGACCAUAAAACAGUUAAACUUGCCGAUUUUGGCUUAGCAAGAGAAGAGUCAUUAACAGAAAUGAUGACUGCUGAAACUGGGACAUACCGAUGGAUGGCGCCUGAGCUUUAUAGCACAGUUACAUUAAGACAUGGAGAGAAGAAGCAUUACAAUCAUAAGGUGGAUGCUUAUAGCUUUGCAAUUGUAUUAUGGGAACUCAUUCAUAAUAAGCUGCCAUUUGAAGGCAUGUCCAAUCUGCAAGCAGCAUAUGCAGCUGCUUUUAAGAAUGUGAGGCCAAGUGCUGAAGACCUGCCAGAGGAUUUGGCAUUGAUAGUAACCUCAUGUUGGAAAGAGGAUCCAAAUGAUCGGCCCAACUUUAGCCAAAUUAUACAGAUGCUACUGCAUUAUCUCUCUACUAUUACACCGUCAAAACCAGCAAUCCCCCAACGAAUAUUCAGAUCUGAUAAUGCUGUACUGCCACCAGAGUCCCCCGGUACUAGUUCUUUGAUGGCUACACACGAUGAAUCGGGUGAAACACCUAAAGCAGACAUGCAGGAGAAACCUAAAGGUUUUUUCUUCUGCUUUAACCAAUGUUGUUGAUACUCCGAAAAAACUUCUAGCCUUGAGAAAGGAGAUGUUCAGUCAUCCGAUAUUACUGUCGAAAUGGGACAGUUUUCUUAACCUUAGUUUGGUCUGAUGGAGAUCAACUCGAUAGGAAUUUAGAGUUCUGGAGUUGGGGGUUGCUGUGAUGUAGUUACGUUGUAAAAUAAGGUCCAUCCAAAAACCUUUUGCUCCUAUUCAAGAUAACUCCUUUGAUCAUGUCAUGAUCUGAAUCAAUUGACUGUAACACAAUAAUGUAUCGAGAAGUGUUUUCUUGUUAACAUUCAAAUGCUUUAUGCUACUUCUAUGA